UGUUUCCCCCCCCCACCCCACCCUUUGGAUAUUAUUCUUUUGAGGAUUCUUCGUUGUCAAGCCGCCAAAGUGGAGAGUGUGAUUGCAGAAGGGGGUGCUUCUCGUUUCAGUGCCUCUUCGGGAGGAGGAGGUAGGGGUGCAUCCCAGCACUAUCCCAAGACUGUCGGAAACAGCGAGUACCUGGGGAAAACCCCAGGGCCUAGCGUUCAGAGAUGGGUCCCUUCACGAAGCACUAGACGAGAUGUCAACUCCUCCAACGAAAAAGAACGACAUGAUGCAAUCUUUAGGAAAGUAAGAGGCAUACUUAACAAGUUGACCCCUGAAAAGUUUGACAAGCUAUGCCUUGAGCUCCUCAAUGUGGGCGUAGACUCAAAACUCGUCCUAAAAGGAAUCAUCUUGCUGAUUGUAGACAAAGCCCUUGAAGAGCCCAAGUAUAGUUCGCUAUAUGCUCAGCUAUGUCUGCGUUUGGCCGAAGAUGCACCAAACUUUGAUGGCCCUUCAGAGAUCCAGUCAUCACAAAAGCAGAGCACAACAUUUAGGAGACUUCUGAUAUCUAAGCUUCAGGAUGAAUUUGAAAACCGCACCAGAAAUGUUGAAAUCUAUGACAAACAUGACAACCCUCUGUCUUCGGAGGAAGAGGAACAACGUGCCAUUGCUAAGAUCAAGAUGCUGGGCAACAUCAAAUUCAUUGGGGAACUUGGCAAACUUGACCUUAUCCAUGAAUCUAUCCUUCAUAAGUGCAUCAAAACACUUUUGGAAAAGAAGAAGAGAGUCCAACUUAAGGAUAUGGGCGAGGAUCUGGAAUGCCUCUGUCAGAUAAUGAGAACAGUGGGGCCGAGGCUAGACCACGAAAAAGCCAAAUCUUUAAUGGAUCAGUACUUUGGCCGUAUGCGAUCCCUAAUGAACAACAAGGAUUUGGCAGCAAGGAUUCGCUUCCUGCUGCAGGAUACCGUGGAGUUGCGAGAAAACAACUGGGUUCCUCGCAAAGCUUUUCUCGAUAAUGGACCAAAGACGAUUAACCAGAUUCGUCAGGAGGCAGUAAAGGACUUGGGAGUUUUUAUUCCACAGAACCAAGGAUUGAGGCCUGACUUCUUUCUGGAAGGCCCCUUCAUGCCACCCAGGAUAAAACUUGACAGAGAAUCUCUAGGGGGAUUAGCAGAUAUGUUUGGACAGAUGCCAGGUAGUGGAAUUGGCACAGGUCCAGGAGUCAUCCAGGACAGGUUCUCGCCCACCAUGGGGCGUCACCGUUCGAAUCCGCUCUUCAACGGUCAUGUUGGUCACAUUGCACCUGUUUCCCAGUCUCAGUUUGAUAUUAGGGAGAAACCUUUCAUGAAACUCAACCAGGGGCAGAAUCAGCUUUUCCAGACCCAGAGCCAUUCAUCCCAGCAACAAGCUCAAUCCAAGGAUAUGCCACCUCGAUUCAUAAAGAAAGGACAGCUGAAUGCUGAUGAGAUCAGUCUGAGACCUGCUCAGUCGUUCCUUCUGAAUAAGAACCAAGUGCCAAAGCUGCAGCCACAGAUACCUACCAUGAUCCCUCCGAGCGCACAGCCUCCUCGUACACAGACUCCCCCACUGGGGCAGCCACCUCAGCUGGGAUUGAAAACCAACCCUCCUCCAAUACAGGAAAAGCCCCCAAAGACUAGCAAGAAACCACCUCCUGCCAAAGAGGAGCUUCUCAAAACAACGGAGACUGUAGUGACUGAGUACCUCAACAGUAAAAAUAUUAAUGAAGCAGUGAAUGGCAUUAGGGAGAUGAAGGCUCCCAAACACUUCCUGCCAGAAAUGUUGAGCAAGAUCAUCCUGUGUUCCCUGGAGCGGUUGGAUGAGGACAGGGAGCAUGCCAGCACUCUGAUCCACAUGCUGCGCACUGAGGGUCUUGUCACAGGAGAGAACUUCAUGCAGGCUUUCCAGAAUGUUUUAGAUCAGUGUUCUAAGAUUGAGGUGGACAUUCCCCUGGUAAAAUCAUACUUGGCCCAGUUUGCUGCUCGAGCCAUCAUUGCUGAGCUUGUGAGCAUCGCGGAGCUGGCUCACCCCCUGGAAAAUGGUGCCCAUUUUCCCCUGUUCCUGCUCUGCCUUCAGCAAAUGGCCAAGCUGAAGGAUCGUGACUGGCUGACUGAUCUCUUCCAGCAGAGCAAGGUGAACAUGCAGAAGAUGCUGCCUGAGAUAGACCAAAACAAGGACCGCAUGUUGGAGAUUUUGGAAGGCAAAGGGUUAAGCUUCCUGUUCCCACUGCUUAAGUUGGAGAAGGAGUUGUUGAAGCAGAUCAAGGCGGACCCCUCCCCUCAAGCAAUCUACAAGUGGAUCAAAGACAACAUCUCACCUAAACUGCACACUGACAAGGGCUUUGUCAACAUACUUAUGACCAGUUUUCUGCAGUAUAUUGCCCAUGAGAUGUGCAUUGUUGGAGAUGACCAGUUGUCAGCUCUGUCAAAAGAUCAGCUUGACCAGGAGAAACAGCUGCUGCUCGCCUUCAAGCCUGUGAUGCAGAAAUUCCUGCAUGAUCAUGUAGAUCUGCAGGUCAGUGCCCUGUAUGCACUGCAGGUUCACUGCAACGCCAACGGUUUCCCUAAAGGCAUGUUACUCCGCUACUUUGUGAACUUUUAUGAUAUGGAGAUAAUUGAAGAAGAAGCCUUCCUUGCAUGGAAAGAAGACAUUACACAAGAGUUUCCUGGAAAGGGAAAAGCAUUAUUUCAGGUGAACCAGUGGCUUACUUGGCUGGAAACAGCAGAGGAGGAGGAAUCCGAGGAGGAAGCUGACUGAGGAACCAGCCAAAGCCUUACAGUGCAGAGGAACUAUUGACGAUACUGCUCUUUCUGUCCUUUAUCCUUCGCUUGUAAUGCGUGUAACUGCAAAAACUUCAUUCCACUGUAAAGUUUCACAUAAAGCAGUUUUUAAUAACUUGCAUAAGGUCUUAAAAGUGCAUAAUGGUAUACCAUCUUGUUAGCCUUUUCCUCUAAUCAAGAUCUGUGCUACUGGCAGCAUGAACCUACAUUGUCUGUGCUAGAGGCACCCUGCUGAGGGGUGACCUUCGGCACACGCUCCUAGGUUGACCGAAUAGCGACACUGUAGAGAUGCACUUUGCUCAUCGUACUUAAGUCGCCGCAGUACUCCUUCAUCCCUCGAGUGUUACAAAGAAUCCUAAACUGUAAUCAUUGGUUCCGUAACAUUUUAAUUGUUGUAUGUGUUUCUACCUCCUAGUAAUGGGCUUUGUUAUGUGCUGGGUUUGAAAUGUCCUCAAAUUUUGUUUAAACCUAGAAGACUAAAAACCUGGGGAUGUCCACAAGUCUAUUGUAAUGAACUUGGGUAUUUGCAUACUGACGUAUUGUUUUCUGAACUCAGAUGUGCCCCUUUAAGUGCUUCUGUUGGGCAUAGGGAACACUUGAAUGGAAUUUAAGCCACCUUCAGUCGACUUGUGUUAACAUGCCCCUGUCCCCCUUACCUGUGUCUCCUCAGCAUUGUAAUACUUGAAUUUCUUCUCCUUGGUGCAUGUUCAGGGAUGUCCAACUUGGCCUGUACGGAUGCAACUUUCUCUCCUCUUCACAGUGACGUAGUACGGAAAUGAAUUUUUAAACAUUUCUUUUAAUCGGUAAAACAUUAAAAUAAAA